AUGCUUUUUGCCGUUUUCCUUUUAACUAUUAUAACUAUAUCCUUUAUUCAUUUGAAAUUAAAGCAAAGAAAGUUGCCGAAAGGCCCUCAACCUCUUCCGCUUAUUGGAAACCUUCACCAAAUUGGCUACUAUGCGAAAACGCAUGGUGGUCUCGUCGAAGGCUUCAAGGAAUUCCGUCGACGGUACGGCGAUGUGUUCACUGUCUGGCUUGGUCCGUUUCCGACGGUCCACAUUUGCGAUUAUGCUUUGGCUCAGGAGACGCACCUCAAACAGGCGAACAGCUAUGCUCAUCGAUUUGUCAAAGGCAUUCUGGAUUAUAUUCGAGAAGGCCGCGGAAUUGUUGCUUCCAAUGGCGACUUCUGGCAAGAGCAUCGCCGAUUCGCCCUGCACACCCUUCGCAACUUCGGCCUAGGUCGAAACAUCAUGGAAGGUCGAAUUCUCGAAGAGAUUGACUAUCGCUCUUCCACAUUCUUCGACCUUCUUAUCGGCAGCAUUAUCAAUCAGCUGUUGAUAUCAGAAAGGUUCAAAAAGAAUGACGCAACGUUCGAAAAAAUCAAAACCAGUCUCGAAGCGGCUUUGGAGAAUCUCACAAUUCUUGAAGGAUUCACGCCCGUCUGGAUACUCAAGUCGCGUCUUUUCAAAUUUCGCCAUGAGUACAUGUUCGGACCAUUCGACGCGAUUCAUAAUAUUAUCAAGAAUAAUAUCGCGAAUCGUGUUGCUGAGAUCGUGCGUGGUGAUCAUGUGCUAUCAGAGGAUGGAAACGAUUUCCUGGACGCUUACCUGUACAAGAUUCAGUGCGACAAAGAGAGUGGAAUCUCUUAUAUCCUUGAUACCUUGGCAGUGGACAUGUUCGAUUUAUGGCAAGCUGGCCAGGAGACCACCUCGACAACCUUGUCGUGGGGAUUCCUAUGCCUUCUCAGGCAUCCAGAGGUUGUAGAGAAGCUUCGAAAAGAAUUGAAUCGAAUCACAAUGGAUGGUUCGAGGAAUCUGUCGCUUUCCGACAAGCCGAAUACUCCAUACUUGAACGCAACAAUUAAUGAAGUCCAACGUGUCGCGUCGAUUUUGAAUAUAAACUUAUUCCGUGAGCUUCAGGAGGACACUUAUAUUGACGGCCAGUUGGUUGGAGCUGGAGCCGCUGUCACCGUUGAGUUGAGCCUUCUUCACACCGACGAGAAGGUCUUCGAAAACCCUGGAGAAUUCAAUCCCGAUCGAUUCAUAACGAAUGAGGGUCUUGAGAAGAAGCUGAUUCCCUUCGGUAUCGGAAAACGUGCGUGCCUCGGAGAAUCUUUGGCAAGAGCCGAACUAUAUUUGGUUCUUGGAAACCUAAUCCUUCGAUACAACAUCGAACCGGUUGGCGAAUUGCCACCAUUGAGAUCAUUGACACCAUUUGGCGGAAUGAAACGCCCACCGCCAUACGAAUUGCGCCUCAAACCAAUUAAAUAA